AUGUUAGAUUAUUAACUUAUGAUUAUGAUAGUAUUUUAUUGGAUAAUUGACAUAAUAGUUAUUUCAACUCUAUCCUAUCUGAAAAUCAAGUUAGUAUUAUACUAAUAAUAUAGAUAUAAAAUUAUAGUAGGCAAUCUUUUGAUGGACACAUUUCUGGCAACUAUUUUCAAAACUGUAAUUCUCAUCAACUUCACAUAUUCUGAAAUAGAUAUACAAUAUUUUAGUUAUGUUAUUAUGGCAUAUUAUUUCAUUAGAUCAGUAGUUAUUAAUAUUAGAAAAAUUGUAAUCAAUUAGACUAUUACAUAAUACUCCUUUGUAUAUAUAAUAUCCAUUUUAUUUAUAGCUUGUUUAAGGUGUAAAAAUAUUAUUAGUACUUUAAUUGAUGUUAAUAACCAUGAGAUGGAAGUCCACUAUUUAUUGGAGUUGGUAUACAACAUUUAGUAUUGCAUGGGGUUUAUUAGUUAUAUGUUUUAUUGUUCAUUUUGUCUUUCUCCUAUCAAUUGGAGAAACCUUAAUAGAUUAUUACAAAUAGAAGACAACUAAAACAUAAUUGAUAGGUGGUAUUUGGUUAACAUUUUAUUUAUGUGGAUUUAGUGGAAUCCCUAUGUGGUUUUGUUAUAUCAUCUGUUAAAAUCAGGAAGUCAAAAAUUUCCAAACUGUUAAUUAAGCUACUUUAUUAUGUAUCUUAAUAAUUUCUUAUAAUUUUUCACUUAUAAUAAUUACUGCCAUUUGUAAAGUCUAACUUAUGUAAUAUCAACCAUUAAAUAUAUAGAUAAUUCAUAAAAGACAUGGGAUUUGAUGUUGAAAUUCAAUAGGACCCAGUUAUAUAAGGAGAAAAAUUACCUUAUCAAUUUCUUAAGAUUUCUUUACCUUAAAAAUUAAUUUAAAUAUCUUCAACUUACUUUGAUUUUGUAUAAGAGUCAAACAAAUAAAAUAAAUAAUAAUUGCAUGCAUCUAAUAGCAAUUUCAGUGUUAUAAAUUAAAAGGCCAGACUCAAAGCUUUUGAAUUUGUGGCUAAGACUGAAUAGAUCAAUUCUCCUAUAGAAAGAGAAUCAGGACUUGUGAAAAAUGAAGAAAAAUGUUAGGUUUGUUUUGAAAACUAACCUUAAAUUGUUAUGCUUCCUUGUUAACAUGGUGGAAUCUGUGAUGAUUGUCUUUAAAAAUGUUUAAGGAAAUCACCUAAUUGCUAUUUAUGUAGAAAAGUAUCUUAUGCAUAUUAACAAAGAAAAUUGAAAAAUUGCUUCGAGUUUCGAAAGAGACUUCUGGAAAAUUUGCAAUAAAUGACAUUGCAUUAUGUGAUGCCUGA